ACAUUCCGCUCGUUUGUUUUGCCCGGACUUAUUUUCAAGCGCAGAAAUCUCCACUUCCGCUAAACUUCUUCCGGUUUGUUCUUGGGGCGCUAUACGUUUGAGUAAAUAUGCAGCAACGAGAAGAGAAGCAGCUGGAAGCCUCUGUGGAGUCUUUGAUUUCUCGAGUUGCACAUCUAAAGAAUUCUCUACAAAGUUUCAUCUAUAAGCUGGAAAAUGAAUAUGAUCGAAUGGCCUGGCCCUCGGUGUUGGACAACUUUGCACUUUUGUCUGGGCAGCUAAAUACCAUCAACAAGCUGUUACGUAAUGAGAAAACACCAUCAUACCGGAACCAGGUUAUCAUUCCCCUCCUGCUGUCACCUGACAGAGACGAGGAGCUGGCAAAACUGACAGAGCAGCGUGUUCCAGUGUUCAGCCACGAGAUUGUACCGGACCAUCUGAGGACAAAACCCGACCCAGAAGUUGAAGAGCAGGAGAAACAACUAAGUGCAGAAGCUGCCAGGAUUGGGCAGGAAUUAGCUCAGAAACAUAUCCAGACUCUGAACAAACUCUGCUCAAGCCUUUUGGAGAAGCUCAACAACCCUCGAGACGACAGAGAAUCCGAAACUUCAGCUAUGCGCCAGAACAAACAGUGGUUUAACCCAAAUGAUACGAACGCCCUGGUGGCAGCAGUUGGCUUCGGUAAAGGCUUGUCCAAAUGCAGACCACCUGCUUCAGUGGCUCCUGGACAUCCAGGACAAGCCAUGAUGUCAGGAGGACCCACACUGCAGCAAGUCACCAUCGCUGGGGCUCCUGGACAUCAGGCGGGCAUGGGAGCAUCUGUGGCACAACAGCAGCCUGGCCAGCCUGGGAAAAUGCCAAGCAGCAUUAAAACAAAUAUCAAGUCAGCCUCGGCAUCAAUGCAUCCUUACAACCGAUAACUUCUGCUUGAGCAUCUGCAAUAUCUGUAUAUAAAUGUUUUGUUCUUUAAUAAACACUGUGUAAAUUUA